AGGAAUGGUCUUGUCAGCUCCUUUUCCCACCUCCAUCCUCCAAAAGUAGAGGAAAAAUCCAGGUUCUGGAAGGGGUGGGAAGAAUGGUACCCCCCUCUUCCCACCUUCUCAGGCUUAGAGAGGACAGCAGAGGUCAGGGGGAGUGACUUGCAGAGGCCAGGGGAAGCAGGAAGAGGAGAACGCUGAGGAGGAAGGUGUCAGCAUCAGCGGUUCUGAGGAAGGAUACAUGCUCCGUCUGUCUGUCUGUACGGAGAACAAAGCCAAAAGGACUGACAUUGCAGCUGGAGAAUGGAGGGUAGAUGUCAGGAAGGACUUCCUAGGAUGUGGAGACUGGGCGAGGAAUGGCGGGAGUGCUCGGAAGUUUCAAUGUUUCUGUGGAGGGCAGCCUGCGAGGGGAGCGACUGACAUCAGAGAGGGAGAGAAGUCACUUCCUGCUGGGAACAACCAAGAUGACUGAACCCAGAGAGUGGGAGUAACCCGAGGACAAAACUAGGCUCCUCUCGCUUUGAGACCCGGGAGAAGGAGAGGAUGAAGGAAGCCAAGGAUGCCCGCUAUACCAACGGGCACCUCUUCACCACCAUCUCGGUUUCGGGCAUGACCCUGUGCUAUGCCUGCAACAAGAGCAUCACAGCCAAGGAGGCCCUCAUCUGCCCCACCUGCAAUGUGACUAUCCACAACCGCUGUAAAGACACCCUCGCCAACUGCACCAAGGUCAAGCAGAAGCAACAGAAAGCUGCCCUGACGAAGAACAACACCGCCUUGCAGUCAGUUUCGCUUCGCUGUAAGACAACAACCCGGGAGCGGCCCACCUCUGCCAUCUACCCCUCGGACAGCUUCCGGCAGUCCCUCCUGGGCUCCCGCCGCGGCCGCUCCUCCUUGUCUUUAUCCAAGAGUGUUUCUACCACCAACAUUGCUGGACACUUCAAUGAUGAGUCCUCCCUGGGCCUGCGCCGGAUCCUCUCACAGUCCACAGACUCCCUCAACAUGCGUAACAGAACCUUAUCGGUGGAGUCCCUCAUUGACGAAGGUGCAGAGGUGAUUUACAACGAGCUGAUGAGUGACUUUGAGAUGGAUGAGAAGGACUUUGCGGCCGACUCAUGGAGCCUGGCUGUGGACAGCAGCUUCCUGCAGCAGCACAAGAAGGAGGUGAUGAAGCAGCAGGAUGUCAUCUAUGAAGGGACCUUGGAAACCUCAUGUGGGUCCCCGCCGGGGUGGCCAAGCCAGGGUAGAGGCCAAAUGUCCCAUUGCCACACAGAGCUAAUCCAGACAGAGCUCCACCACGUACGGACGCUGAAGAUCAUGACCCGCCUCUUCCGCACGGGGAUGCUGGAAGAGCUGCAGCUGGAGCCAGGCGUGGUGCAGGGCCUGUUCCCCUGCGUGGACGAGCUCAGCGACAUCCACACACGCUUCCUCAGCCAGCUGUUAGAACGCCGACGGCAGGCUCUGUGCCCUGGCAGCACCCGGAACUUCGUCAUCCAUCAUUUGGGAGACCUGCUCAUCAGUCAGUUCUCAGGCCCCAGCGCAGAGCAGAUGCGUAAAACCUAUUCGGAGUUCUGCAGCCGCCACACCAAGGCCGUAAAGCUCUAUAAGGAGCUGUACGCACGAGACAAACGCUUCCAGCAGUUCAUUCGGAAGGUGACCCGCUCGGCCGUGCUGAAGCGGCAUGGGGUCCAGGAAUGCAUCCUGCUGGUAACUCAGCGCAUCACCAAGUACCCGGUGCUCAUCAACCGGAUCCUGCAGCACUCCCACGGAAUUGAGGAGGAGCGCCAGGACCUGACAGUGGCACUGGGGCUGGUGAAGGAGUUGCUGUCCAACGUGGACCAGGAUGUGCACGAGCUGGAGAAGGAGGCCCGCCUGCAGGAGGUCUACAACCGCAUGGAUCCCCGUGCCCAGACCCCGGUGCCUGGCAAGGGCCCCUUCGUCCGAGAGGAGCUUCUGCGGCGUAAGCUCCUCCAUGACGGCUGCCUGCUCUGGAAGACAGCGACCGGGCGCUUCAAAGAUGUGCUGAUGCUGCUGAUGACAGAUGUGCUAGUGUUUCUCCAGGAGAAGGACCAGAAGUACAUCUUCCCUACCGUGCAAGACAAGCCCUCCGUGAUCUCACUGCAGCAGCUACUUGUACGGCACAUCGCGAGCCAGGAGAAAGGGAUGUUUCUGAUCAGCGGAUCCCCCCCUGUGAUGUAUGAGGUCCACACAGCAUCCUGUGACGACCGGGACACCUGGAUCCGCCUCAUUCAGCAGAGUGUAUGCGUGUGCCCGUCCAGGGAGGACUUCCCCCUGAUUGAGACAGAGAAUGAGGCUUACCUCCGGCGAAUCAAGAUGGAGCUGCAGCAGAAGGACCGGGCCCUGGUGGAGCUGCUGCAGGAGAAGGUCCAGCUGUUUACCCAGAUGACCCAUAUCCAGGCCGAAGAGGAGGGCAGCAGUGGGGUGCCCCUGCCCACCCUGCCCAGGGUCCUCUUCCGCUCCGAGUCACUUGAGUCCCCUCGUGGAGAGCGACUGCUGCAGGAUGCCAUCCGUGAGGUGGAGGGCCUGAAAGAUCUGCUGGUGGGGCCCGGAGUAGAGCUGCUCUCGACACCCCGGGAACCAGCCCUGUCCGGGGAACCAGACAGCAGUGGUAACACGAGCCCUGGGGUCACUGCCAAUGGUGAGGCCAGAACCUUCAAUGGCUCCAUUGAGCUCUGCAGAGCGGACUCAGAUUCUAGCCAGAAGGAUCGAAAUGGAAAUCAGCUGAAAUCUCCCCAGGAGGAGGUGUUACAGCGAUUGGUCAGUCUCUAUGGACUUCUGCAUGGCCUACAGGCGGCUGUGGCUCAGCAGGACACUUUGAUGGAAGCCCGGUUCCCUGAGGGCCCGGAGCGGCGGGAGAAGCUCUCCAGAGCCAACUCUCGGGACGGGGAGGCUGGCAGGGCCGGGUCUGCCCCUGUGGCUCCUGAAAAGCAGGCCACGGAACUGGCAUUACUGCAGCGGCAGCAUGUGCUGCUGCAGGAGGAGCUGCGGCGCUGCCGGCGGCUGGGCGAGGAGCGGGCCACCGAGGCCUGCAGCCUGGAGACCCAGCUCCGGGAGAGCGAGCAGGCCCGGGCUCUGCUGGAGCGGGAGGCUGAAGAGGCCCGCAGGCAGCUGGCCGCCCUGGGCCAGACCGAACCGCUCCCGGCUGAGGCCCCCUGGGCCCGCAGGGCUCUGGAUCCUCGGCGGCGGAGCCUCCCUGCUGGCGAUGCCCUGUACUUGAGCUUCACGCCCCCACAGCUCAGCCGAGGCCACGACCGCCUCGAUCUGCCUGUGACUAUUCGCUCCAUCCAUCGGCCCUUUGAGGACCGAGAGAGGCCGGAGCUGGGCAGUCCUGAGGAGCGGCUGCAAGACAGCAGUGACCCAGACACUGGCAGCGAGGAGGAAGGUAGCAGCCGCCUGUCGCCACCCCACAGUCCACGAGACUUCACCCGAAUGCAGGACAUCCCAGAGGAGACGGAGAGCCGCGAUGGGGAGUCUAUAGCUUCAGAGAGUUAAGGGGGCCCCUCCUCCUGUCCUGGGCCCCUGUGAAGAACAUUACUGAAGGGGGCAAACCUUGGGAACGCCAAUCUGCCAACGGUGAGGGAGCAUUUGAAAGAACUGCUGAUUAUCCUUGCCAGCUCUUGGGAUCCUUGGAUACCUGGGGCCAUUUAGGAAGCUGGGGGAGUUUGGCCACAAUGCCCCCUGGUGGCAUCCAGAAGCAACACCACAGAUGCCAGUUUUUCAUGCCUUCUUCCCCUACUUUAGGAAAAUUUAUUUAUUUAUUAUUAGUUAUGGGGGGAGAGGGGAGAUUUAAAGGACCAGGGACAUGGGAACCAAGCCAUAGGGAUCAGGAGGCCUUGUCCUUUAACACUACUGGGGUAUAUUUGGGCUUAACCGUGCAGCUGCUGGGUUCUAGCCCUGACAUCCCUCCCCUGACAACACCUGUCUCUGAGGGGAGGCUGCAGCCACAGGACUCUUAACUGCCUCUUUAGGAAGGGCUGUGGGCCGGGCCAGGUGCCUCCCCCUCUCCCAUCAGCCUCUCACUGCUGUUCUCCUCUCCAUCUUCCAUGGAAACCCCAAGGGGAUAACCUGGCUUCCUAGAGUUGAUGGACUAGAGGUUGGGGCAGCCUUAUAUAAUGGUUUGUUGGGGGGAUAAGGAAAAAACCCCACAGGGACCAGAAUGUUUUGUUUUGUUUUGUUUUCUUUUUUGUACCAAAGCCAACUGCACGUGUUUUAUAUUUUUAAGAGAAGAUUGUAGGCAAUUAGAGAUCACGGCCUUCUGUGUCCACAUCUGAAGAAUUUGAGGAGUAGGGGGACAGUGUCUUCUACUCUAAUUUACAGUAAUGGGGGGCCUGUUCGACCUCUUCCCCAGUCAUUUGGAAAAAGACGCUCUGAGGGGGUUGGGAAAUCUCUACGAUCCCUAACCUCACCGGUCACCUCAGCAACCAUGACCUGAAACCUCAGUGUGAAUUUGGGGGAUUUUUCAACAGACCCCCAGUGCUCACCAGCCCCAGCCAUUUUUCUGCCAAUUUGAUUGUACAAAAAGAAAGAAGAAAAAGGAAAAAAAAAAAAAAAAAAAAAA